UCCGGUGCGGGGCGGGCGCGCUGCGGCGGUCGCUGUUGCUGCUUCCUCGGGCCAUUUUGCUCCGCGCGGAGAGACGAGAGGUGUAGAGCAGGGCUAGAGGAGGCGCGGGCCGGAGGAAACGGCGGGCGGCGGGCUUCCCGCAUUCGCAGUGUCCGGAGGGGCUCAGCGAUCGCCGGCGAAGGGGGUCGGGGGCCCUUUCCCGGUCCCUGCAUCAUGAGCUGGGGCACCGAGCUCUGGGAUCAGUUUGACAACUUAGAAAAACAUACACAGUGGGGAAUCGACAUUCUUGAAAAGUACAUCAAGUUUGUCAAGGAGAGGACUGACAUUGAGCUCAGCUAUGCCAAACAGCUCAGGAAUCUUUCCAAGAAAUACCAGCCCAAGAAGAACUCGAAGGAAGAGGAAGAAUACAGGUACACAGCAUGCAAGGCGUUUCUUUCCACCCUGAAUGAGAUGAACGACUAUGCCGGGCAGCAUGAGGUCAUCUCCGAGAACAUGACAUCACAGAUCACGGUGGACCUGAUGCGCUACGUGCAGGAGCUGAAGCAGGAGAGGAAAUCGAACUUCCAUGAUGGACGGAAGGCCCAGCAGCACAUCGAGACAUGCUGGAAGCAACUGGAGUCGAGUAAGAGGCGCUUCGAGCGGGAUUGCAAGGAGGCCGACCGUGCCCAGCAGUACUUCGAGAAGAUGGACGCUGACAUCAAUGUGACCAAAGCCGACGUGGAAAAGGCGCGGCAGCAAGCUCAAUUACGUCACCAAAUGGCAGAGGACAGCAAAGCCGAUUACUCCUCGAUCCUGCAGAGAUUCAACCAGGAGCAGUGGGAAUACUACCAUACCCACAUUCCCAACAUCUUCCAGAAAAUCCAAGAGAUGGAAGAAAGGCGGAUCGUGCGCAUUGGAGAGUCCAUGAAGACGUACGCAGAGGUAGAUCGGCAGGUGAUACCCAUCAUCGGGAAAUGCCUAGACGGGAUAGUGAAGGCGGCCGAGUCUAUCGACCAGAAAAAUGACUCCCAGCUGGUCGUAGAAGCCUACAAGUCAGGGUUCGAGCCUCCUGGAGACAUUGAAUUCGAAGACUACACCCAGCCGAUGAAACGCACGGUGUCAGAAAACAGCCUUUCCAGCUCAAAAGAAGGCAAGCCAGAGCUGAAGUUUGGCGGCAAGUCCAGAGGCAAGCUGUGGCCGUUCAUCAAGAAAAACAAGCUUGUGUCCCUUUUAACAUCCCCCCAUCAGCCUCCCCCUCCUCCCCCUGCCUCUGCCUCACCCUCUGCUGUUCCCAACGGCCCCCAGUCUCCCAAGCAGCAAAAGGAACCCCUCUCCCACCGCUUCAACGAGUUCAUGACCUCCAAACCCAAAAUCCACUGCUUCCGGAGCCUAAAGCGUGGGCUUUCUCUCAAGCUGGGUGCCACACCGGAAGACUUCAGCAACCUCCCGCCUGAGCAGAGAAGGAAAAAGCUGCAGCAGAAAGUGGAUGAUCUCAAUAAAGAGAUCCAAAAGGAGACGGAUCAGAGGGACGCUAUCACCAGAAUGAAAGACGUGUACCUAAAGAACCCUCAGAUGGGAGACCCGGCCAGCUUGGACCACAAACUUGCGGAAGUCACCCAGAACAUAGACAGACUGCGGCUGGAGACACAGAAGUUUGAGGCCUGGCUGGCUGAGGUGGAAGGCAGACUCCCAGCACGGAGCGAGCAGGCACGCCGGCAGAGUGGGAUGUAUGACGGUCAGACACACCAGACAGUCACUAAUUGCGCCCAGGACCGGGAGAGCAGCCCGGAUGGUAGUUACACAGAGGAGCAAAGCCAGGAGAGCGAGCUCAAGGUGCUGGCCACAGAUUUUGAUGAUGAAUUUGAUGAUGAGGAGCCACUUCCUGCCAUAGGGACCUGCAAGGCCCUCUACACAUUUGAAGGUCAGAAUGAAGGCACCAUUUCCGUGGUGGAAGGGGAGAUGCUGAGUGUGAUCGAGGAGGACAAGGGCGAUGGGUGGACCCGCAUCCGCAGAAAUGAAGACGAGGAGGGCUAUGUCCCUACUUCCUACGUCGAAGUCUAUUUAGACAAAAACGCCAAAGGUUCCUAAAGGCAGUGCACGUGACCAGAGUUCCCCGUGAGCCUCCCCAGGAGCCACCAUCAUCCAUCCCACUUGUCCCCACAGGUCUCCAGCAUCACCCAGGCUGGCGGGGCAUCCCGCUCAUCUGCAAGCUGGGUUCCCAUGUCCCACCUCCCCUUCUCUUCAUAGCAUUGCUCCCGUGGCUCUGCCCAUUGUCCUGGCAGGUGCAUUUCUCUUCCUCAGCUCCAUACAGGGGUUGUCCACCUCGCUCCAGUCCCCUCCCACACAGGCCACAAAGCCAACUGGACUUGCGCCCGUGUGCCCCUGCUCCUGCUGGGCUCCCAGUCCACCUGCAGAUUGCCUGGCCUGGCCUUGCACAUUUCACACUGUGCCUUUGUCAACCGUCACCACUGGUUUCCUGGGUGACUACCAGAAUCCAGACAAGGAGGGCCAGUCAUGCACUGGGUGGACUGAGCGCCCACCUGUCUCCCAUGUGUCUCUUGGGAUGUCAGCAAAUGUGUCCUCUCCAGAGGCUUCUGCCUCAGCCCGUCUGGUCACCCAUCCUCCAACAUCUCGGCACUGACACCUUUCAUCCUUCAUCCCAGUGGCUCUAUGGUGGGACUAGGGCAUCCGGCCCCUCCCCACCUGCACUCUGGUUCUAAACAUGGCCCAGGAAGAUCCAUACUGAAGUCCCAACCCCAGCUUGUGGGCCAGCCCUGUUGUCUUGCUUGUGUCUACCUUCUGUGAGCUGUCCGCCUGUUCAUGGCACCCUGUGACAAAGGGCCUCUCUCCCACUAGCUCGAUACUGUAAGGCGGACCUGCUGAGCCCCGUAAGUAGCAUUUGAGGACUCUACUAUGUUCCUCACCAAAGACCUUAUGCCUCUUGUGGUCCCUCUAGUGGCUCUGCAGCCACCACGUCUGCAUUUGAUCCUAGAAGCCCUGAGGAAUGGAUGGAUUUUGCUUUUGAGGGUGUGUUCCUCUCCCAUGAUGGAUCUUAGCCCAAGAACCAAGAUGGUCAGUCAUUCACGCCUUAGAGCCACACAGCUUCUCUCCCUUCCCGGCAUGGAAGCCCCAGUGAAGGCCGCCCUGUUAGCAUGAGCUUGAGGAAGUUGGCAGCCUCUUCUGGGCAGCUGGUAGCUUGGCAUCAUGUCAGAGGAUCAAAGACAUGGGAGUCUUACAGAGACAGGGACAGAAAGGGCAUGUCCCUAGGGUCUGGCCUGGGUUUUAUCCAAAGUUUGCAUAAAUUCGGACAUUCUCUGCAAACUGGGGCUGGCACACCAUGCUGGAGAACAGUACUGCUAACUUCAUAGCAGAAGCGGGGUAUCAGGGUGGGAAGGGGUAUCAGGGCCAGGUGCAGGGACAAGGACCUGGUUUUGGAUUUCAAGAGCAAGCAAGGAUUAGCUUUCUCCAUCCCCCACACACCUCCUCCCAAGCAAGGUCAAGCCCAGGGUCCUGCACACUGUUCUCUGGGCCCCCCAUGGGGCUGUUACAUGAACCACAGCUUCUGUUCCCUGUAGCAGGUGUGCCCUUAGUUCCAUGAGAAAGACUCAGUGAACAAAAUGGAAGCCUGGUACCUAAGGGUGACAUCAGGGCCUCAGCUCUGACACAGUUAACCUGACUUCAGCAGGUCAUCAGAGCCUCGGGUUUUCACCAAGUUGGGCUGACCAUUGUCCCUCCCUAAGGAGCUAAGUGGUUUUUACAGGUCUGCUUACAGACCUUAGUAAUGCAUGAAGACUGUGUUUCCCAUCUCCUGCCCAGAUUAAGAACGGCUCUUGCCACAAAGAUAAAAGGGAUAAGCGGCCAAUCCAUGACUGUUGAAACCUCUGCCUGUCUCCCUUCUCUUCUAACUGCCUGUACUACCUAUGUCCAGAGGAUGGCAGAUGAGCGUCUUCUGGCUGGUUCUCUGAGAUGCCCCGUCCACUGUGGGAAUUCUGUGGAAUCUGACGGGGAGGGGUGUGUAUGCAGGGUUUCCCAGGGAGCUCAGCAUCCCCUCUCCAGGACCCGCUGCCUGUCAUCCCUAGCUGCUAGAGCUGUUCCAAGAACGACUCACUGUAAAAGAACCUGCCCUGCAAGUGACUUAGAGAUGAAAAUAAAAGGAACUUGACAUUU